AUGCAGCAAGAGAAGCAUGCACCGGACUCGCCAUGGCGACAUCGGCGGUUUCCACCUGAUGCUUCUUCCGAAUUACCUUGGGACGAUCAAUUUCGGCAGCCAGUACUAUCGCACGAUCGGUGGAAGAGUCGAGUCGACUUCAAUGCCUUCAUCAACUCAAUGGACGAUGAGUCUUUUGGAUAUCUGUGUUUGGUACGCGAGUAUGCGACUCGCGCUCUGCAGGGUAAAGCGGCAGAAUAUAGUGGGCUAUACAAGGCCAUUGUGUCUCAAACGUCUCGAGAAGAAGACAUGUCUCGUAUGUCGGUCAUCGAAUUCGAGGCUGACGGGCUACGCUCGAGGACUUUUCUAACUUUUGACGACUUUUUGAUCUAUGUGCAUAAAUCUUUUGAAGAAGGAGAGACGUCUUCGAGGCGCUUGUUCGUAUUGGAAGACAUGCCUGUGCGGUAUAUUUGUCUUCUAGGGUCAAGACUACGCAUCCAUCCUACGGUUUUUGCACGCCAUUAUAGCACCGAGGAAAGUAGCACCAUAUCAGACAACAUCAUUGGUCUUCCUUCUGUCGUCCAGACUAGUACGGAGAACGGCCUAGACUACGAGAGCGACGAUGAACAGCUCCAUAAGCCAUAUAAGAGACGAAGUUUUACGCUGAGGUAUCCCAUCGUCAUGCCACGAGUAUCUGCAAAGCAAAAUCCCGACCCAAUUAGAUGUCCACCAUGGCUCAAGCCUAACGACAGACUCAGAGACCAAAGCGCCAAUCCACGAUUCAUAGUGGAGAGGAGCCUGGAAACACCGACCAGCUAUGAUCCAUGGGAUACGAGAGGCGAGAUUUCUGAACUAGAAGGUCAGGUCACUUAUUGGUACCGUGAGAUUGCAGAAAAGGGCUGGGAAGGUCUUCUGCUGGUGGAUCCAUGUCUCAAAGACCCAUCGCACCUAGCUGUUAUCGAGGGCAGCCCAUACACGAAUAUCAGUCGAAUAAUCCGGUAUCCAGAGCUGGAGGAUGAGGGAAAAGCUGACAUAGCCCUUAACCCGCUACAGUGGCAUCCCAGUGCCGCCUUCACGAAGUAUGUCUUGCACGACGAUGUCAUGAUUCAUUUUUCCGUCGCCAACGCUGGUCCAGGAGGAAAUCCACUCUCCGUGACUCCAUUCGUCCGUGGCUUUGUUAUUAGCAAAUGGACUGCGCAAUUGAACCACAUUCGCAGAAGCUAUAGUCAUACGCGUGCAGCGCUCUUCUCCAAAGUACCAUCGUGUCAUCGCGUAGGUACAGGCAUUUCGGUCAGACAUACGGUGCUCUGGGGAGCAGACUGGAAAGAGUGGAUGUUUGAAACAAUGACGCGGUUUACGACGGACCUUUACCUAUACCGUUUGGAGGUUGAGACCAACAUGCGUGCACUCGGUAUCGAUGUCGACGACCCUCAAAGUUAUGGAUUCGUCGGUAAACGGGAGGCACAAAUGUGGCGGUUUCUGCGUUCCACCUGUCUCGAUUUGCAGGAUAUGUUCCAACAAUUAACCAACUCAUAUACACAGGUUAUUGCGCUGAGGGAGGCGCAGGCGAGUAAUGCGCAAGCAAGCUCGAUUCGCUGGCUUACUGUACUGGGAACCCUCUUUGUUCCUAUAUCUAUCGUUGCAGGAAUAAUGUCAAUGGGAGGCGAAUUUUUGCCGGGAGAGAAGAAGUUCUGGGUGUUCUUCGCUGUGGUGUGCCCUGUGUUGCUGGUCAUUGGCGUCGUUCUUGUUGUGACGCUCGGGUGGCGGGCAGUGUCAAAUUGGCUAUGUGCUCACGGCUUCAUGACUUGA